GGCCGUUCAGGAGACCGCAGAAGGCAGGGAGGAAGGAGGCGGAGGAUGAAAGAUUCCGAAAAUAAAGGUGCCUCAUCCCCAGACAUGGAGCCCAGCUAUGGGGGUGGCCUUUUCGAUAUGGUGAAAGGAGGUGCGGGGAGGCUGUUCAGUAACCUGAAGGACAACCUGAAGGACACCCUGAAGGACACGUCCUCCAGAGUGAUACAGUCUGUGUCCAGCUACACGAAGGGAGAUUUAGACUUCACCUAUGUCACCUCCAGAAUUAUCGUGAUGUCCUUUCCUGUGGAUACGGUCGACAUAGGAUUCCGGAAUCAGGUGGAUGACAUCCGUAGCUUUCUAGAUUCCAGACAUCUGGACCACUACACAGUCUACAAUCUGUCACCCAAGUCUUACCGAACUGCCAAGUUUCACAGCCGGGUCUCCGAGUGCAGCUGGCCCCUCAGGCAGGCCCCCAGCCUGCACAACCUCUUCGCCGUGUGCCGGAAUAUGUACAGCUGGCUGCUGCAGAGCCCCAAGAACGUGUGCGUGGUCCACUGCUUGGAUGGCCGGGCCGCCUCGUCGAUCCUGAUCGGUGCUAUGUUCAUCUUCUGCAACCUCUACUCCGCUCCUGGCCCUGCCAUCCGGUUGUUGUAUGCAAAGCGCCCAGGGAUUGGACUGUCGCCGUCCCACAGGAGGUACCUGGGCUAUAUGUGUGACCUUCUCACAGACAAGCCGUACCAGCCUCACUUCAAGCCUCUUACCCUCAAGUCCAUCAUCGUCAGCCCCAUCCCCUUCUUCAACAAACAGAGAAGUGGGUGCCGCCCGUACUGCGACGUGCUGAUCGGAGAAACCAAAAUAUAUUCCACCUGCACAGACUUUGAACGAAUGAAAGAAUAUCGUGUCCAGGAUGGAAAAAUCUUCAUUCCUCUCAACAUCACCGUCCAGGGAGAUGUGGUUGUCUCCAUGUACCACCUGAGGUCCACCAUCGGGAGCCGGCUGCAGGCCAAGGUGACCAACACACAGAUAUUCCAGCUCCAGUUUCACUCGGGAUUCAUCCCUCUGGACACCACCGUCUUGAAGUUCACCAAGCCCGAGUUAGAUGCGUGUGACAUACCCGAGAAGUAUCCCCAGCUGUUUCAAGUGACACUGGACGUGGAACUCCAGCCGCAUGACAAGGCUGUAGACCUGACCCCGCCGUGGGAACAUUAUUGUGCAAAGGAUGUCAACCCCAGCAUCCUCUUCUCCUCCCACCAGGAGCACCAGGACACUCUGGCCUUAGGAGGACAGGCUGCAGUGGACGUGCCCCCUGACAACCCCAGGCAUCCCGGGCAAGGCGGCUUCUUCUCUUCUCUGUGUUGGCAAGAUCAGAAACCGGAGAGAUCCUGCGAGGAGGACCACGCUGCCCUGGUGAACCAGGAGAGCGAGCAGUCGGAUGAUGAGCUCCUAACCCUGUCCAGUCCGCAGAGCAAUGCCAGCGGCGACAGGCACCAUGGGCCCAAGAAGCCCAGCAAGAGGCAGCCAGAGCCCACAGUGCCCCCAGCUCCGGAGGAUGUGGACCUGCUGGGCCUCGAGGGGUCUGAUGUGGGCCAGAACUUCUCUCCGCCGGCACCUCCUCCCACCAACACAGAACUGCUCAGUGACCUGUUUGGGGGCACAGGGGCAGCUGGCCCAGCCCCGGUGGGACAGUCAGGGGUGGAGGAUGCCUUCCACCCCAGCGGGGCAGCGUCCACUCAGUCCACCCCUCGCCGUGGCGCCACCUCCAGCUCUGCAUCACCGACCCUGCGAGUGGGAGAAGGUGCCGUCUUUGACCCAUUUGGAGCCCCCACCAAGCCGCCCAGCCAAGACCUGCUGGGCUCCUUCCUGAGCACAUCCGGUGCACCCAGCGACCCCUUCCUGCAGCCCACGAGAAGUCCUUCACCCACUGUGCAUGCUUCUAGCACCCCUGCCGUGAACAUUCAGCCGGACGUCUCUGGAGGUUGGGACUGGCACGCUAGACCAGGAGGCUUUGGAAUGGGAAGCAAGUCAGCGGCCACCAGCCCGACAGGGUCUUCGCACGGCACUCCGACGCAUCAGAGCAAGCCCCAGACUCUGGACCCCUUCGCCGACCUCGGGACACUAGGCAGCUCUUCAUUUGCCAGCAAACCCACCACGCCAACUGGCCUGGGCGGAGGAUUCCCACCCCUCAGCUCACCGCAGAAGGCAUCUCCCCAGCCCAUGGGCACUGGGUGGCAGCAAGGCGGUAGCUACGGCUGGCAGCAGUCGCAGUCCAAGCCGCAGCCCAGCAUGCCGCACUCCUCGCCCCAGAACCGGCCCAACUACAACGUGAGCUUCUCCUCCGUGCCCGGGAGCCAGAGUGAGCGCGGGAAAGGACCCGCUAAUCUGGAAGGGAAACAAAAAGCAGCCGACUUUGAAGACCUGCUGUCAAGUCAGGGCUUCAAUGCUCACAAAGACAAGAAGGGGCCUCGCACGAUAGCUGAGAUGCGGAAGGAGGAGAUGGCCAAGGAGAUGGAUCCGGAAAAGCUAAAGAUCCUGGAAUGGAUAGAAGGCAAGGAGAGGAAUAUCAGGGCCCUUCUUUCCACAAUGCACACAGUCCUGUGGGCUGGGGAGACCAAGUGGAAACCUGUAGGCAUGGCGGACCUGGUGACGCCCGAGCAGGUGAAGAAGGUGUACCGGAAGGCCGUGCUGGUGGUGCACCCGGACAAGGCAACCGGGCAACCGUAUGAACAGUAUGCAAAGAUGAUUUUCAUGGAGCUCAAUGAUGCCUGGUCUGAAUUUGAAAACCAAGGACAAAAGCCCUUGUAUUAAUGUGUGCGCCUUUCCACCUCAGCUGCAGACCUGUGCUAAUGCUUAGUGUGCAUCACAAUUCUGAGGUUUUCACAGAUGAAUGAAAAACUCCAGUAAUGUAUUUCCACUACUAAACUGUUAAGUUACUCACGAAUUAAUUUCUCACAGUAAGGCGCAUGGAUGUUUGUUCCUUCCAGCCAUAAAAGAGCCAAAGCGUGAGGAACUCUAGUGGGGUGACCCUGCAGGGGCUCAACAUUCCCGCCUGCCCUUCGGGGAGCCUGCCCAGUGUGUCACCUGGGGAGAUAGAAAGCUGAGGCCGCCAAAGAUGAAGGCGGGUCAUUCAUCUCACUGUCUGUGAAUGAGAUCGAGGAGCGAAAGUCACCAUAAUAGGACUGCCUCAUGGUUUUAAAGAAUGGUUUUUAGUUUUCCUUGGAAAGAUGUAAUUAGAAAGAAGGCUUUGC